UCCGCACCCAAAAGGCCCUUGCUUGUGAAGGGGCGCCGCCAUUCCUCUCCGUGCAAGGUUCCGAUGCGGCCCAUCUCUCCUCACGACUGCUUCUUCUCCUCGCUGAAUCGGGUCGAGAAGAGAUUGGCUUCCGAGAAAGAAUCCAUUUCCUUCGCGACACCCCCCUCGCCAAUAUCCUUCGGAUCCCCUUUGUACCUCUCCUCGCCCAAACCCCAACCCGCUUCCUUCAAACCUUCCGCCCUCGACGAAAGCAGCGGCCCUGCGCCGGAGUUCCUCUCAAUCCCGCCAAUGGUAUACGACCCGGCUCCGCCACUGGCAGCCCAGAAAGAAGAAUUCAAAUAUGAAGAAGAAGAUGAUGAAAUUGAUCGCCUCAUCAGUCUUCUGGGCCUAUCAGCCGACGGCGAAGAAGGAGGCGGUGGGUUGGGCUCUUGCCAUUGCAGCGGAGGGGAGUUUUAUCGAAGAGUGGUAGGAGUCAAGGGGCCGAUUUGCGAGAAAGAAAUGGGGAGGCUUGAUGGUUGGAUCGAGCACUACCGGCGGGAAAGGAGAGAGCCGGCAAGACUCGCGCAUCUUCUUCUUGCAAAAGCUGUAUCAAUGGAGGCGAGCCGUGGGGGCGAUGAUGGCGAUGAUGACGAUGAUGCCUUCGGGGCGAUUGGGUUUCCUCCGACUGUGGAGGAGUUUUUGGAGCAUGACCCCCCAACUUCAGAGGGUAAUUGCAAAUGGAGAGUGGCCUCGGUCUAUAUGGAAGCAGAGACACAAGCAAAAGAAGGGAACUUUGGGAGAUUCUUGAAUGUUACUCUAUGGAGGACCUAUGGUGGUUGGAGGAGACUUUAAUUGUAUCACUUCUAAAGAAGACAAAAGAGGAGGUAAAAAAUUCAAUCUUUCACAAGGUGCUAAAGACAUGGGAGCAUUCAUUGCUAAUAAUGAUCUACAUGAGAUCGAUUUCAUCGGACCAAGGUAUAAAUGGUGUAACAAUAAAGCCGUAGGUGCUCGGAUCCUUGAGAGAUUGGACAGGUGUUUUCUUAACUCAAUUGCUUUGCGAUUCUUUCCUCAACUAACCGUGAGACACCCAGCUAGAAUUUCCUCAGAUCAUAGUCCUGUGGUUCUUAAAUUUUGUAAUUCUAGAAGUUUUCAUAAGAGGAGUAUUAUUUUUGAAGAUGUAUGGGCUUCAUAUCCGACAUCAUUUGCUGUGGUUAAGAGGGAAUGGAAUAAAAAUUUCAGUGGUAAUUCUGCUCAAAUUCUGAAUGCUAAGUGCAAGAGAACUCUCAAAUCUUUGUUCUUUUGGAGCAAAGCUAAACUAAAGAACCUCAAUGAUCUAAAAGGCAUUUUAAUGGAUGAAAUUCUGAAAUUACAAACAGAGGAAGCUGAAAUUGGAUGGCUAUUUGAAGAAGACUGCUGGCGUAUGAAAUCCGAAAUCAUUGAACUCAAUACAACUAUGGCUAGGCUGUGCAGUUGGUGGAAACAAAGAGCGAAAGUCAAAUGGAUGAAUGAGGGAGAUUGUAAUUCCAACUUUUAUCACUGUUAUGCUAAUGCUAGAAGGAUUGGUAACAGGAUUCAGAAAUUAAAAAACGAUAAUGGGAUGGUGAUGGAGGAACAGAACAAUAUUGAAGAAAUUUUUAUAAAUUUCUUUAACUCCAAAUGGAAAAAGAGAAGCUGCAAACUGGAUGACUGGCCAAAUCCUUUGAACAAAACUCAAGCCGGAAGAAGCACAUGCUCUGAAUGAAGACUUCACUAUGGAAGAGAUUGAAUAUGUUGUAAAAAAUCUGGGAAACAAUAUAGCUCCAGGGAACGAUGGGGUAACCUUCUCCUUUAUCAAAUUUUACUGGAAGAUAAUUAAAGAAGACUUUGUGAUGGCUUUAAAUCAAUUUUUCAAUCAAGGAAGCAUGGAUGGUAAUUGGAAAGAUACACUUGUGGUCCUCAUUCCAAAGGUUUCUAAUCCUCUAUUACCUUCUAAUUAUAGGCGUAUAAGCCUUUGUAUUUCAAUUUAUAAAGUUGUUGUUAAAGUUAUCCUGAAUAGGCUUAUCCCAGUUAUGCCUUUGCUUAUUUCGGAUGAGCAAGCUGCUUUCAUUAGAGGUAGAUCAACUUCUGAUUACA